UGGUGACCCUGCAGCGCUCGCCCACGCCCAGUGCCGCCUCCUCCUCGGCCAGCAACAGCGAGUUGGAGGCUGGCAGUGAUGAAGAGAGAAAGUUAAACCUCAGAAUUACCUUCAGGUUGUUGGGGUGAAUCAGCCCUGUCCUCUUAGUAAUGCUCAGAGCUGAAUACAAUCAAAGGUGAAAUCUAUCCAUGGAAAAGUACUUCAGUUAAAGCCAGCUUAAGCGAGAGCUUUUUCAUGGUGAAAGGAGCAGCCCUCUUCUUACAACAGGGAAACAGCCCUCAGGGCCAGCGGAGUCUUCAGCAUCCUCACAAACAUGCAGGUGACCUGCCCCAGCAUCUCCAAGUGAUGAUCAACCUCCUACGCUGUGAAGACAGAAUCAAGCUGGCCGUACGUCUGGAGAGUGCCUGGACAGACCGUGUCCGCUAUAUGGUGGUGGUAUACAGCAGCGGACGCCAGGACACCGAGGAGAACAUCUUACUGGGAGUUGACUUCUCCAGUAAGGAAAGCAAAAGCUGUACCAUCGGGAUGGUUCUCCGACUGUGGAGUGACACCAAGAUCCACCUCGAUGGAGACGGUGGGUUCAGCGUGAGCACAGCAGGCAGGAUGCACAUAUUUAAGCCUGUGUCUGUCCAGGCCAUGUGGUCUGCCCUGCAAGUGCUUCACAAAGCUUGUGAAGUGGCACGAAGGCACAACUACUUCCCUGGGGGUGUGGCGCUUGUCUGGGCCACCUACUAUGAGAGCUGCAUCGGCUCCGAGCAGAGCUGCAUCAAUGAAUGGAACGCCAUGCAGGACCUGGAGUCCACGCGACCCGACUCCCCAGCACUGUUUGUUGACAAGCCAACUGAGGGGGAAAGAACUGAGCGUCUCAUCAAAGCCAAACUCCGAAGCAUCAUGAUGAGCCAGGAUCUCGAAAACGUGACCUCCAAAGAAAUCCGUAAUGAAUUAGAGAAACAGAUGAACUGUAACCUCAAGGAAUUCAAGGAAUUCAUCGACAAUGAGAUGCUUCUUAUCUUGGGACAGAUGGACAAGCCCUCCCUUAUCUUCGAUCAUCUUUAUCUCGGCUCUGAAUGGAAUGCAUCCAAUCUGGAGGAGCUGCAGGGCUCAGGGGUUGACUACAUUUUAAAUGUCACUAGAGAAAUAGACAAUUUUUUCCCUGGCUUGUUUGCAUAUCAUAACAUCCGGGUCUAUGAUGAAGAGACUACAGACCUUCUUGCCCACUGGAAUGAAGCAUAUCAUUUUAUAAACAAAGCAAAGAGGAACCAUUCCAAGUGCCUGGUCCAUUGCAAAAUGGGUGUCAGCCGAUCUGCAUCCACCGUCAUAGCCUAUGCAAUGAAGGAAUUUGGCUGGCCCCUGGAGAAAGCAUAUAACUAUGUGAAGCAGAAGCGGAGCAUCACGAGGCCCAAUGCGGGCUUCAUGAGGCAGCUGUCUGAGUAUGAAGGCAUCUUGGAUGCAAGCAAGCAGCGACACAACAAGCUAUGGCGUCAGCAGGCAGAUAGCCAUCUCCAGCAGCCCGGGGAUGACACUGCAGAGCCCAAUGACUUCUUGCCAGAGACCUUGGAUGGUGCCCUGGAAACCAGGCUACCAUGCUUGGAUGAUGCUGCCCAGCCCAGCCUCCCAGGAAGCCAGGCCCCAGGAGGAGCCUCUCUCCCCUGCUGUUUCCGAAGACUCUCAGACCCUCUUCUCUUCCCCGACCGUGACGACUCUGGUGGCUUGGUCCAUGUGGAGGAUCUUGAGAGAGAUGCCCUGUUGGAGGAGGUGGCUCAGCCAAUGGAAAUGCACAAGUUGGCUCAGCAUCCCCAGGAAAGUGCUGAGCUAUGUGAGAAGGACGUGAAGAAGAAACUAGAGUUUGGGAGCCUUAAAGCCUACAGCGGCUCUUUGCCACAGAUGGAGGAGAUGGAGCGAGAGGAGGGCCCAAGAGCAGGGAGGUGGGGGCGGGCCUCCAUUCAACGUGAUAGAAGCCUGCUUGACCAAGAAAACUUAAAUAAUAACAACAGCAAGAGGAGCUGUCCAGAUGAUUUUGAGCCUGAUGCUGUGUUUGGAAUCCUUAAUAAAGUGAAGCCUUCCUAUAAAUCCUGUGCCGACUGCAUGUACCCCACAGCUGGUGGGGCUCCUGAGGCAUUCACAGAGCAACAUGAGGACCCCAGUGCUCCUGCCAUCUGCACCCAGCCAGCCUUCCUGCCCCACAUCACAUCUUCCCCUAUGGCCCACGCUAGCUGCCGGUCCCGAGCUGCCGAGAGGCCAGCCUCUGGCCCAGCCAACACCCCCUCAUUGCUCCUAUCAUCAGGCUCAAGGAAGUCAGAUACCAGUGGCACUGGGGCUGGGGCUGGCCCAGACCCAACAACAAGCUUUCCAGAACCUUCGAGAGAAACCCCAAAAGUCCUUCCUAAGUCCCUCUUGUUGAAGAAUUCUUACUGUGAUAAGAACCCAACCAUCAUGGAACUGGUGAAGGACGAAUCAUCAACUAAGAAAGAGCCAAAGCCAGCUAAGGACCUAAGGCUUCUGUUCAGUUCAGAGUCUGAGAAACCAACCACCAACAGCUACUUGAUGCAACACCAGGAGUCCAUCAUCCAGCUGCAGAAGGCAGGCCUGGUCCGCAAGCACACCAAAGAGCUGGAGAGGCUAAAGAGCCUGCCCACAGACACAGCAUCUGCCUGCAGGGACAGUGCCACCAGCACGCUGGAGGCCAGCAUCCCUGAGGAGGGCCAGGAACUGGCUGCCGCUCAGGAACCAGGACACCCAGCCCUUCAUAGCCAAGCUGGGGCUGAGGAGAAACCACUAGAAGGAGCCCCACUGAAGAGUCCCACUCCCAUCUUCUACCGCCUGGAUCACACCAGUAACUUCUCUAAAGACUUUCUGAAGACUAUCUGUUAUACCCCCACCUCUUCUUCCAUGAGCUCCAACCUGACCCGAAGCUCCAGCAGUGACAGUAUCCAUAGCAUCCGUGGGAAGCCAGGGCUGGUGAAGCAGCGAACACAGGAGAUUGAGACACGCCUCAGGUUGGCAGGCCUCACCGUCUCAUCCCCACUGAAGCGUUCCCACUCUCUCGCCAAGCUUGGGAGCCUCAACUUCUCCACAGAAGACCUGUCUAGUGAGGCUGAGGCAUCCACCGUUGCUGACUCCCAGGAUGCCAGGUGGCGUGAGUCUUCCUUCUUGCACGAAGUCCAGGCCACUCCAAGGAACUCCACCGCAGCCUCCAAACUGUCAGGAAAGUCUGCCCCAGAAAACUUGAAAAGCCCAUCGCAGGUGAGCAAAAGCUGAACAGCCUUUUGCUAGAAUGGGACCAGUAUUUUCGUACUGUCCUUUCUUGAGUCUUCAUUACAGAUUCUGAUCCACCCCCCUACAUCUUGAUUUGUGUUAAACAAUUGGCAUCAUCCAAGCUUUCCCCCUCUUGCCACAGAAAAGUAAACAAAGGAAUUUGCAGCACAACGAGAAGAGGUAUAUGGCCUGGGCGACUCGGAAGCUGUCAGCCAGGAGACAGAAAACUCUGACCCACAAGUCCUGUCUUGGGAAAGAAUCAUGUUCAGAUAUGCACACAUAGGCUGUGGCUGGAGCUUAGUUGGUAUAGAAUGUUUGCCUACAAUGCCCUUUCCUUGAUCCUCAGCAUCCUAUAAAACCGGGUAUGGCCAUGCACACUUGUAAUCCCAAUACUUGAGAGGUGGAGGCAGGAAGAUUGGAAGUUAAAGGUCAUGCACGGCUACAUCAGGAGUUUGAGGCCAGCCUGGGGGCAGCGGGGAUAUAUAUGCAUAUCCAGAAUAUUUCAUUUGCAACAUGUAAAAGAAGAGUAAUGGUAUGACGUUGCUGCAGCUCACCUUCUAGCUCAUUCUAGCCCUUGCCAGAAGACUCAGAUGACAAUAUAAUUCCUACCUCUGUUCUUGCUGUGCUUUUUAUUUUUAAAAAUACAGUAAUGACCAAGGCUCAUUCCAGGGAAUAAUACUGUGUCAGAAAAGGUUUUUCCAAGAGAAUUUUUUUUCAGUUGGGACCCAGAAGUGUUAAAACUGAACUUGAUCGUCCCAAGCACUGCUAAGAGACGUUAUCUGAGUGACGGGCAUCUGUAUGAAGUCCCCUGUCCUGGUUCUGGGGUUGUGCUGGAUGGUGGCUUGAGCUGGCAGUGGGGUGUGUGAUGUUCUCAGUUGCUCCCUCUGAAGUGUACAUCACCUGGUCGCUCAAGUGUUGCGGAGCUGAUUCUGCUGCUAACGAGGCAUGGUUGUGUUUAGGGUUUGGACACACUGCUAUACCCAUGAGGCUGUGGGUCUGGGGUGGGUCAUCCUACUAGGAGGCCCUGACUCUCAGGCUCAUUAGGUGUCAUCUAAUAUAAUUAGGCAAGAGAAAAUGGCGUCAUCACCAUUGAGAUACUGUUGUGGGUCCCUCUCCAUAUGUAACUUCUCUGAAGGGAGUAAGUCUGUUGAAAAGCUUCACAAAUGUUUACAGUUGUCCUUUCCUGUGGGGAGAAUAGUACUUCCUGUCAGGAAAGUACUGUUUUCCUGUUUCUCCAGCUCUCCCCAGGAGUAGUGAUGGGACUAAGGAGGCUGCAGCCCACCCAAAUGUUAGCUCUAGGUGGCACCUUGAAGAAUCAGGUCAGUUCAAUGCAGCAGGUGGCCCUGGGCUCUGGGUUCCAAUCAAGUGGCUUGUCUGGUGUCCCAUCAAGACAAGAAUGCUAAAAAAUGUUUUGAAGAGAGACAAGCAUCUUGGUAGAAAUGCAGAAGGGCUUAAUUUGGGGGUUGGAAAACUGGAGUGUGCAGUUCUCAGGAGCUAAGAGUGGCUGUUACUUUUUACUUCUAUGUUUUUUAGGUUUUUGAGGGAGGAUCUCAUUGUAUAGUCCAGGCUGACCUCAAACUCACAUCUGUCCUCCUGCCUCAGCCUCUCACAUGCUGAGAUUAUAGGUAUCACCCACCAUGCCUGACGUAGCUGUUACAUUUUUUUAAAGAGUUUGUCAAAACAAUAAAUUAAGUCAGGAAUGGUGGCACAGGCUUAUAAUCCUUGGACUCCAGAGAAUGAGGCAGGACCAUCAUGAAUUAAAUGCCAAUCUGGGCCACAUAGCAAGUUUCAGGCCAGCCUCGGCUACAUAGUGAGACUCUACCUCAAAAACAAUAAAUAAUCAACCCUGACAGAGACUGUGUUGCCUGCCUUAGAUAUUUACUCUUGGGCCAUUUAUAGACUGUUUGCUGACCCUGGUUUUAUCUGACACUCCAGGGCUGCUUAUGGCCCUGCAGGAAGAAACGGAAUAUCCGAAGACGUCCUCUGCCUCUUUGAUUCCACAGGCCAAUCCCCACCCUCUUCAUGCCCCAGACUUCUCCAGCCCGCCCACUUACCUCUUGUGCUGAUGGAGUCCCUAUGUAGAAGUCCGUAGCUCCAUCCUGCACUCAACUCAGUCAGCCAGACAGCUCAGCAAGACCACAAAGCCUUCGGGGAUUGGCCGUGCUCUGGAAGCAAGUGGUUGGGGUGGUCAUCCCACACUGCUCAGAAUAGGGUCCCAAAACGGCCCUCCUGGAAAACACCCAAAUGUCUUCAGGAACAAGGCUAGCUUUUACUUCAGCUCAUGUAGGGUUUUUGUGAACACCCUCUCCCCCAGGAACUUUUCUCCUUGGCAUGAUUUUUUAAAAUACGUAUGUUAUUUUAUGGGGAUUUGUUUUCCCACUAGUGUCAAUUGUAAUCACCCUAAAAGGUGAUUAUCCUCCUACUCCAGAAACCCUAUGGGUUUUCCCUGCUCUCCCUCAGCCAACAAAAGCAUACUUUGAAAAAAAAAAAAACACAAGCCAAGCUUAACAUAUAUUGCCAGGUUCAAUUUCCAUGGUAGAUCAAUUUUUGUGUCAAAAUAAUCCCUUAAAUUUGGCGAUGGUAGGCCCAUGCUGGUUUUUAACAUGUCCGUGAGAGUGGUUUCGAAAACUGUGAGAUGAUUUUGAAAACUUUAAUUCUGAAAGCCAUAAUUUGUCUUGUUCCAUUAAGAGUAGGGAUUGGAGGGUUAUAAACACGUGGGUCUUUGGCAUCUGGCAAACUAACCCAUUCAUUUUAGAAGUAUAGCUGGUCUAUCAACAGACCAGGGCACUGCUCUUUACAUCAUCGGAGCAAAAUAAAGUGCCCUGGCUUGAUAGUUUACACUGUGGCCUGGAGGACAGGAGCUGUCUGUAAACAUGGUAAACCGCUAUUUAAUUUAAAGUGUUCUAUUAACUACAUGAAAGCUUUCUGCCAGGCUAGGGCACCUUGGCAAUGGCCAACUGCAUACUGUCUGGUCCAAAGUUUACUCCAAGGCCAAGCAUGGUGGCACAUGCCUCUUAUCCCAGCUCUUAGGAGGGCAAAGGCAGGGGAUAUCUGUGAAUUCAAGGCCAGCCAUGGCUGUGUAGUAAGACUUUUUGUCUCAAAAAAAAAAUUGCUCUAUGAGACGCUCCAUGCUUGGCUGUUGCUUUGUAUGUAGUCGUAACCAAUUAGGGAGAUGUAAGUGGUACAAGAGAGAGGUAAGCAGGGGUUCAUGCUGUGCAAGUCACUGAGUUUGGUGACCACCAUUUCAUUGAAUGCCUGUAUUGAGUGGAGAGCUGAGGGCCUUUUCUGAUCCACUUGAUGGCCGUGUACUCGGCGGCUCUUCAUCCUUCUGCUCACCUGCACUCACGUGGUCUGCCACAGCCCUGAACUGUGCAGCGCAUCAUCUUGCAUGACACAGGUCUUGUCAGGCUUCAUGACGUGCAAGGGAGAUAGAUACUGAUCAGAGGGGAAAAGCCAGGCUGCCCCAGGGAUCAAAAUUCCAGCGACAACUUCAUGCAUUCUCAGAGCUGUUUCCGGACCUUCUAACAAGGCCCUGGUCGCAUGAGCUUCCUAAGACCAGGUUUCUUUCUGUGCAUCCUUUUCACCCUUGUUCACAGUGUGGAGACCCCUGCCAACCUUACACAGCUUAUUUCUGUGGCUCGGCCAUGUAGAUUACUCACAAGUGCCCAGGCAGCAGCACUGCCCUAGCCCCCUCUGCUCCCUUUGUUCCAGAGCUUUCUCCAGCUGAAGAUCGGCCACGCUAUUCUAAAGCCCCCUUUUUUUUCUCCCCUAGAGAAACCCCAAGAGUGCUGCAGGAUAGAGCCAAGGUUAGAAAGAAUAGACCUUGAAAGCUACCCUGAGCUCUGGGCACUUGUCUCAAGGCCUAUCCUGGAAGGCUUAUGGACCCCCCUACUCCCCAGGAACCAUUUCUCCCUAGCAAGAGCAGAUACUAUGCCAUUUAGUUGGCUGGACAUUUAGCAGGGCUCUCCAGAAACACAGAAAACUCCAUCAGGGGAAGGCCUGUGGCAAGAGAACCAGGUGGCUCCAAAGCUUGGUGACAUCUCACCAGCAUGACAGGUUCACCUGUCCUGGUCCCUACCUCCAAGUUCCUGCUGAUGAUGAAGGUCAAAUGAAGGCCAUUGAUUUACCCUUGUCCACAGCCACUUGUUUUGCUGUGUCAAAGUGUAAGCAUCCACUCGGUCUGCAUAUGUGUAUAUAUGUGCAUAUAUCCUGUAUAUGCACUGUAUAUUGUAUACUACCUGACCAAACUAUGGUGUAGAUCAUUUCUCUCAUUCACACACAUGCUGUGUCCCUAAGCUCUGUAGUGAAAUCGCCGUUGACCAUUGACAAUGAUGCUGCCCAGGGCCAUUUGGAGAUGACCACCUCAGCAUUCCCUUUUGCAGUAGGCGCCACAGCCCCAUCCUUCAGUCACUGUCUUGAACAGGAGUCCUCCUACCAGCACGCAGCUUCUGCUGCCCUUGGUAUGGGCCUUGCUGCAUGCGAAGAUAGCUGCUUCCUCCUUCCUAUACUGUAAUUAUUGUUUUACAAUUGAGUGCCUUAAUAAUAGUUUACAAAUACUAUGUAUUUAUGUGGAAAACUUCACCUUUCAUCUUUUGUGCUUGGGUACUUUAUCUCUCCCUGGUGGCUGGUGGAGGACUUGAGCUUGUCCUACCCCGCUUGUGUUUAUUCUGCUAUGCAGUUUUCAUUGUGUAUUCGUGACUACUCCACAGAGCCUGCUUUUAGAAAUGGCACUGUGAGUUCCUGCAGGCCAGGCUGGCGUUGGUGAACACUGUGGCCCAUGUUAACCAAUGAAGGAUGCGAUUUGGUUUGCUAGGCGGCUGGGGGAUGGCGCAGGCCCGGCACCCCCUGAACCAAACCCCAGAAUCCCUACACAGUUGCACUCUUGUUUAAUAGAGGUUUAUUACCACGCUAGUUCACCCUUUCACACCCCACCUUCCUCUCUGUUAGUGUCCUGAGCUCUUUUCAACAAAUUUUAGGUACAGCUCACCCUGUCGGGAGCCGCACCAGACGAGUUCUUUGCCUUUCAGAAGCUGCCACUGGGUUCCCGUAUGUUGCAUUACAAUAUUGAUGGGUUUUUUAAUUGUUUUUUUCUUCUUGUUUUUUUUAUAUUAUAUAUUUAAAGGCAGUAUCUUUUGUACUGUGAAUUUACAGUAGAAGAUGCAUAAUGCACUUUUUUUACUUCUGUUGGUGUGUAACUGUAUAUAGUCUGUGUGCUUCUUGUGAUGAAAAUAAACAUUUUCUUUAUAAAU